CUAUCCCCUUCACCAAAUCAUCACAGGCUAGACACUUGCAUCUGCGGAAGAUCGAUCAGUAGCUACCCAAACCAAUUUAGCCUCGCUCGAACACGAGCAUUCCCCGAGUUCUGUCUCUCCUUGGCAGCUACACAUCGAACAACCCAGCAGCUAUAAGAAGCAAUGAAGCAAAAGAUUCUCAUCCAGUUGAGCAUGUCGUGCGACAAACGCCGGUCCAAAGCACUGACGCUGGCUGCCAGAGCAGCCGGGGUGACGUCCAUGGGGAUAACCGGCGACGCCAGGGACCAGCUGGAGGUGGUCGGCGACGGCGUCGACCCGGUGUGCCUCGUCAGCUGCCUCCGCAAGAAGCUCGGCCACGCCCAAAUCAUCAAGGUGGAGGAAGUCAAGAAGCCGGAGGAGAAGAAGAAGGAGGACCCGAAGCCGAAGCCGGCCGAGCCCGUGUACCCGCCACCGUACUACUACUACCCUCCCAGCUACUGCCACCAAUGGUGGUAGUACCUUCCACCAUCAGUACCAGCCUCCGCACAUGGUCGUCUGCGACAAACAGCCCAGCAACUGCCGGACCAUGUAGUAAUAAGUGCCAGGGAACAUUUUUACGUACUUUAAUUUUGUUAGCAUGCAACUAUACAUAGUUUCAUGUACACUUGUUUAUUGAUUCGUUGGAAGAAAUAAAAAAAGGAGAGAGAUGUCAUUUUGUGA